AUGACAGAUUGUUAUCCAGUCGAAAAAAUAAUAAAUCAUCGAAUGAUAAAACAUCGGAAAAAAGGGGAUAAUAAAAAUAAUGAUUGGGUGGUUGAUAAUAUUGAUUGUAUGAAUGGAAACAAGGAAGAUAAUAGUAACAAUAUUGAUUGUAUGAAUGGAAAAAAAGGAAAUAAGGAAGACAAUAAUAACAAUAUUGAUUGUAUGAUUGGAGGAGAUAACGAAAACAACGAUAAUAACAAUAUUGGAUUUAUGAUUGAAGAUAAGGAAGGCAAUAGUAAAAAUAAUUUUGGAUUUAUGAUUGGAGAUAAGGAAGACAAUAAUAAUAAUCCUGUUGGUUUUAUGAUUGAAGACAAUAAAAAUAAAGAUUGUAUGAUAAAAGCUAAUAAUAAUGACGAUGAGGAUUUGCGAGUAUAUUUACAACAACAACAAUCAUUAUUAUUGGAAAGUUGGGAAGAUAAAGUAAAAAAUGUUCGAAAUGUUGAAAAAAGAGAAGGUGAAAUAAUUGUUCAUUUAAAUUGGAAUAAUGGUAGAAUAACAUCACAUACAGCUGAAAUAGUAAAUAUUAGGUGUCCUCAAAAGAUUAUUAGCUUUUAUGAAGACCAUUUGAGAUUCAAAGAAUAA